AUGAUAAAUUAUUUUAAUGAUUAUGCAAAUCUGUGUUUCGAGAAGUUUGGUGAUCGUGUGAAACACUGGAUUACGUUUAGUAAUCCUUGGGCAGUCGCUGAAAAGGGUUACGAAACAGGAGAACAUGCACCAGGACUGAAGCUCGGUGGAUGCGGAGCCUACAAAGCAGCGCACCAUAUAAUUAAAACUCAUGCAAAGGUAUGGCACUCUUACAAUAACACAUGGCGUAAUGAGCAGCAAGGUAUGGUUGGAAUUUCCCUAACUAGUGGCUGGGGUGAACCUGUUGAUCCACACAGCGAAGCAGACAGAGACGCUGCUGAAAGAUAUAUCCAGUUUCAUUUGGGAUGGUUUGCAAAUCCAAUUUACAGAGGAGACUAUCCAGAAGUUAUGAAGAAUUAUGUAGGUAGGAAGAGUGCCCAGCAGGGCCUGGGGAAAUCAAGAUUACCAACUUUCUCAGUGCAAGAGAAAACCUAUAUUAAAGGCACAUCGGAUUUCCUGGGAAUAGGUCAUUUUACUACUCGUUAUGUUCUACAAAAGAGCUUUCCCUUUCUCCGAGUGUCAAGUUACCACACUGACCAUGAGCUGGCUGAGCUGGUGGACCCACAAUGGCCAGCUCCAGGACCUAAAUGGUUAUACUCUGUGCCUUGGGGAUUCAGAAGAUUGCUCAACUUCAUUAAGACACAGUACGGGAACCCUCUCAUUUAUGUCACAGAAAAUGGAGUUUCUGAAAAGGUACAGUGUACUCAGCUGUGUGAUGAAUGGCGGAUAGAGUAUCUGAAAGGAUAUAUUAAUGAAAUACUGAAAGAUUCCCUGAUUACUCACAUGGAAAUGGUGACAGAGAUUGUUCUUCCUACAGUUUUCACACUCUGCAUACUCAUCAGUAUUGUCCUACUAAUAUUCUACAUGCGAAAUCAUAGUUAAAAUUACAUGCUUACAUACAUCUUCAUUUUGCAUAAUAAAUAAAAUGCAACCAGUUUAUUAUAUUAGUUAAAGUUUACCACAGGUGCCUCUUUUUAUACCAUUAUAAGGAUAAAGAAAUAUUACUUCACCUGUCCACCUAGCACUUUUUACAGUUUUUUCUAUUCAGUUCCCAAAACAAUUUAAAUUUAUCAACACCCAAAAUGAAAUUAGUAGAAAAUAAUGCAGAAAGAAAAUGUAAGUAGCAGAUUUCGUUUCUUAUUAUUUUGAAAACUACUAUACAUUUUGUUCACCAGAAAAAUAGUUAGCUAAGAUUGAAGUGAUUCAAAUCUUGCCAGUACAAAUUUCAAGUGAUAAAAACUGUUUGCAAAUUCUCAUUUCAGUCUGUUCAUCAAUAGGUUUUAAUUAGCAUGAAAAUGCUAGUUGAGAGACAGUCACAUAAUUUUAAAAUAGAAAAGGAUUUAAAUAUUCCAAAAGCACUGUUUAAGCAUUAACUUAUUAUUCAUGUCUAAAAGUUAGGAUAAUAUAGCCUUACUAUCUAGGUGUGGAGAAGAAUUAUUUGAAGUGAUUAAUCAAAGAUGACAACCGCUGAGUCAGAUUUAAACCAAGGACUCUUAUUUCUCUAGUUUCGUUUAGAGGGAACUAGGUUUACCUCAUAUGACUUUAUAAUAUAUUACACACAGAAAUGUCUAUUAUGGGUAAUCCAGACACUUACAGAAUGUAAUAUUCCACCUCAGAUUCACUUCUACUGCAGGUAGGAACAAGUAUAGUACAUGAUUAUAAGGAAUUUGUUCCAGAAUAUGGCCAUCUGGUUAUAUUGUCCUCCUGUUGUGCUUGAAAUUAUUACUUUAAAGAGAAGCAACAAACAAGUUUCCUAUUUAGCUUGCACUGUAUUUUCAACACUGCAUGUGCACAUGCUGAAUGCAGAGUAUGAUAAUAACAUCAUUCCAAAAAAAUACCUUGUUCUUAGCUUCUCUUCAAGGGCUAACUAUUAAACCGAUAGUUAUUAUAUGUAAUAUUAGGAAAGGGAUAAGAAAUAAGACGGACUGAGGAGAAACCAGAAAUUACAAAAACGUAUAGUUUUUACAAAGCAUAAACACUGGGGUUUUCCUUAUUCUUACUUAUCAAUAGUUAAUAGAUUCUUUUAUGCGAAAUCCUUCUGUCUCACGUUUUUCAAUCAGCAUAUACUAUGCCAGGUAAUUGUUUAAAAUUACACUGCCAAAACAGUACAUACACUGUCUAAUCAACAUAAGAACAUAUACAACUGUCAUCCCAACAUAUUAAAUGAUUAUGCCCAGCCAAUUAUACUGAACAUUUUUUUCAGAAAAUUAUGCAAAAGUAUACAAGACAACACUGUUAGAAUAACUCACUUUGCAUUGAGGGAAAAAAAAAAAAAUUAAUUUGAAGAGGA